UGGUUUUGUCCUCCUUUACUUUGCAAAAUGGAAGACUUGGAUUCCUUGUGGAAUUAUCAAGAGGGUUUUGAUGAACUGAAACUCAAGCUUCAGAUCACUGCAAUCGAGCUAGAAUCCUUCAGAACGGAAGCGAAGGAACAAAUAAAGAAAUACAGGGAUGAAGUGAAUCAUUUGCUUAAUCUUCUAAAACUCGCCUCCAAAGAGAGAGAUGAAUUGCAAAAGCUUGUUAACAAGUUGAUGGCUUCUUCUUCUUCUGAAAACCUCCUUAUGAUUGCAGCAAAAGCAAACUCGAGCAUAACUGAGUCGAACAGUCUAUCUGAAACGAAUAAUCACAACAACUCGCAUGGUUCUUCUUCCCCAGUGGAUUCCUUGUUAGAUGUAGUCACUUCACCAGAUUUUUCAACCGCUGUGAUUGAUAAUCUUGCAGAAGGGAAGAGUUUACCUGAAAAAGGGAAGCUUUUGGAAGCUGUAAUGGAAGCAAGCCCUCCUCUUCUUCAGACGCUUCUCUUUACAGGUCCUCUUCCUCAAUGGAGAAAUCCACCACCUUUGCAGAAUUACAAAAUCCCAUCUGUUUCCAUCAAACGCCCAAGGUUUCAAUGAGUUUGAAAUAAGCUUUGCUUCAGUUUUUUAUUUAAAGGUUAAAUGCAUAGAUGGAC